AUGGCCGGCGACGACGUGCUGGCAGAGUUGGGUUUAGACUCUGACUUCUCCGAUGAUUCCGGGACCAGCGACUCUUUAGAUCUGGAUGCCUUGCUGCCGCCCUCUGGCACUCAAUCCCCUGAGCACAAGACCUCCACAGGCGUCCUGGCCCCCAAAGAGGCGCCUUCCGCUGUGGGGAAGCUGUCAGAGCCUGAACCGCCUGCGAAACCUGGCACAGAAGAGAGCAUGGUCUUGCCUCCGAGCCGCCCGUCUUGGCUUCAGGAGAGUAGCGAGGCAGAAGGAACGAGCUCCGACGAAGAGUCCCACUUUGACGUGGAGGCGCUGCUGGAGGCACAGCAUGGAGACGCGCAUGCUCCGGCCGAGACGGGCAGCUUAGAGGAGCAGCAGCACCAAAGUGUGCCGCUGGCCCCCAGGGCUUCCAGCGUGCAGUUUGAGGAGCCUGCACUUGUCAGGGAAGCCGACGCGUCAGACCCAGACGGUAAGCACGGAGGCGGCUCUAGCUCUGAGCAGCUUCCACACCAUCCGCAGCAGCAAUCUGAGAUUGUACAUACCAUACCGUCGGAUCCCAGCUGCUGGAAUGCGCUGUCAGAGCAAGAGGCGCUGGCACCAGAUGCAGUCGAGAUCCCCAGAGAUGCAACCGACGGAACUCCACAGAGCGGAACGGUGGCUCAGGCAGUGGAGCGCUUGGAGCGUGCCAUCCGUUCCCGCUCCACCAGCCCAGCGCCGCUGGUCAUCCACCAGCCGCAGCUUCCACGCACACACUCGCAGGCACGCACACCUGACGCAUCGCCAACACGGCGAUCCCAGGCCAAUGUGGAUGCCGAGACUGUCGAGGAAGCGAAACCCGAGUUGAUUGCAAAGGAGCCCGUGCCUGCGCCCGUGCCUGAAAGCACGGCACCGGAGUCUGAGUCGGAGCUGCUGAAACGCUUGGAGAAGGCAAACUCGGCUGCUGAAGAUCUGUGGCAGGAGCAGCAUCGACUGGAGAUCUCCUGCGAGGUUGCCAGAAGCCUUGGCUGCGUGAAGGCCGAGGCCGAGAUCUUUCUGGCACAGGUAGCCGAGCUGCGCUGCCGAGCCGAGCUGCACUCGGCCGCGCAGGAGCGCCUGGGCCAGCUGCGGGCUGCGGCCAAAGCUGUCGCAGCUCCGGCCAAACCGGAAGACCUGGAGGAGCUAGAGGGGAUGCUCUCAAAGGCUCAGAGUUCCCCUGAAGCUCUCCGAUGCAUGGCUUUGGACUUGCGGACGCGGUGCCGCCAGAAGGAAGCCAUCCUCCGUGUAAAAAUGGAGCACGAAGCCCGCCGGCUGCGAGGGCAAAUUUUCGCCAGCAUCGCUGCGCGCGCAAAAGCUGAAGCGAGACUGGCACAGGCCCUGGCUGCAAACAAGAGUGCCGAAGCACAACACUGGCGGCGAACUGCCAAGGCCUCCCUGGAGAUGCGUCGGCGCCUCCAAGACGGCGGAAGCCCUGCCUCGCGAGGGAGCCCUAGCGCAGCUCGCAAGGCCGCCUUUGUGCCUGCAGCGAGGAAGCCAGAAAAGUGA